UAGUCGCGCGAGUAAUACCGCGUCGCGCUCACGUGAGAAAGAUUGGUCUUUGUAAACAUUUCUAUCGAAGUAUAAAAGAAAGAAAGUAAGAGAGAGACACACACAAAGUUUUAGUGUUAUAUUUAAAAUCAACCGCGGGAAAUUUAUCGUUUCAAUUAUUCGUCUCAAUCGACGCGUGUGAUUCCAUAAUGUUUUCAACAUACUUAAAUAAGCAGUAUUUGUUUUUAAAUCAUUCGAUAUACGAGCUCGAUCACGUGGAUCAUUUGAAUCUUGUUAAUGAAUGUUUAUUGACCAAGAUGGAUCUUAGUCGGGAACGUGUCAAAACAUUGUGAGACCAAACAUGGAUACAUCCUAGUGAACAUUUUAUUUGAAAAUAAAACAGAAUUAAAAGAAGUGAACAACCGAAUAACAUAGCGCGGGAAACAUAUAACGCGCUGGUAGUAGUUGUAUGCUAUCGCCUUUCCGCAAUUACGACACGACGACGAUCAAAAAAGGUGCGGGUGAUGUUAUCGGAGACUCAAGGUCACAUCGUUCCAGUCAUCGAGUUGUAGCCUGUAUACGAUUCACCGUCGUCUUUGUUAAACGAUUCACCACAGACGAGAGAUAAGAGAAACUCGAAGCAUCAUCGGACUUAUGUUAAUUAACAUAUUUUUUUUAUUUAUUACGUAAUUUCGUGUUUCUUUCAACAAAGACAAUCGACUUGUGUUUAUUUUCCAUCGAAGAAUGACGUUUUUAUGAAUGAAACUUUAAAAAGAAAAUUAAUCUAAUUCGAUAUUCGAAUCUUCAGUAUUCUUGUUUGUUUAAAAACCACGUGCUCGAGGAACGAAUACUUAUCAAAACAUUCAGUGAAAUCGAAUGACGCUUAGACGACUAAUUAUCUUUCAAGUAUCUUUACUAAAAUCGUCUUCGUUGACGAAGACUCUUUACGAACAUCGUAGGAAGACGAGAAGAAGAAGGAAAGGUCGGCGCAUGUUACGUCGGUGCGGCGUAAUUUCGUCAAUAGGGUGGGCAGAGGAUCGAAACACAUCCGGAGCAGCUUGGUGCAGUAAACGAAGGAAUCAUAUCGGGGAAGACGAAGGACUCUGACAAGCCUCCCCUUCCCUCGUGUGCGCGACAACUCUUCUCCCCUUUUCGCGUCUCGAUAUUAACGUUCCCUCCCAUCGUUGCUCCAGUUUCCGAUUUUUCUUUCUUCGGUGGUGAGACAAGUGUGAUAAAAAUCAAAUAAUAUGUACCAGUGAUCAGAGGUGAUGGUGGUGUGAUACUACGAGAAGAGGGUGCGCGCGUGUCAGAUUUAUGUGUGUGUGAAUAGAAGAAGCGAAAUAAUACGAGAGAGUGAGAGCGUGCGAGCGAGAGAGCGAGAGAGAGAGAGGGUGAGAGAGAGUGCGAGAGCGAGGACAAGGAUUACGAAGAUACACGGUUAGAGGUGAUAAAUAUAUAAUAUAUGUAAAUGUAUAUGUAUACAUCCAUGUAAAGACGUGUGCCAGUGUGUGCGUACGGAGAGUACAAAAAGUUUAGUUAUAUAGGGGGUAAUAGAAGAGGAGGAAAAGAAAAGAUACAAAAAAAGUGAAAAAAAAAAAAACAGAAGAGAAGAUUGAGGAAGGACAGUUUGUGAGAAGGAGUCUAGGAAAAGUAAGAAAACAAAAUAAAAGAGAGACAGAGAUUAAGAGGGUGGAGAGGGUGGUGGUGAUAUCGGCAGGUGGGAGAGGCGGGACAGUAGUAGUAUAGCAUGAGUUCGUAUUUCGCGAAUUCGUACAUCCCGGACCUGCGAAAUGGCGGGGUGGAACACCCGCAUCAGCAUCAGCAGCACUACGGUGCCGCGGUACAGGUGCCUCAGCAAACGCAAUCGGUACAGCAACAAUCGCAGCAGCCUGGCGAUCCAUGCGAUCCGAGUUUGCUCAGACAGGCGGUGUCCGCACACCAUUAUGGGGCAGGUGGGAGUGCCGGUGGUGCCGGUGGACAGCAGGACAUGCCAUAUCCGAGGUUUCCGCCAUACAAUCGGAUCGACAUGCGAAACGCGGCCUACUAUCAACAUUCACAAGAGCACGCUGGAAUGGACGGUAUGGCGAGCUACAGGUCGGGCUCACCGACCACGGGGAUGGCUCACAUGGGUCACACACCUACGCCGAACGGUCAUCCUUCCACGCCGAUCGUCUAUGCGAGCUGCAAACUCCAAGCAGCUGCCGUCGAUCAUCAAGGAAGCGUUCUCGAUGGCCCGGACAGUCCGCCGCUUGCCGUCGAGACUCAAAUGCACCAUCAAAUGCACACCCAACACCCUCACAUGCAGGCCCAACAGGCACAACAGACUCAUCAACAGCAACAGUCCCAACACCAUCUACAGGCGCAACAACAGCACAUGAUGUAUCAGCAACAACAACAGCAACAGGCUCAGGGUACGACGCAACAGCCUCAACCUGGCAUGCAUCCUCAGCAGCAGCCUCAAACGCAGCCUCAUCAGGGGGUAGUAGCUUCGCCGCUAGGCCAGCAACAACAACCCGCCCCUCAGGGAGCCGCCAGCGCGAACCUACCCAGUCCUCUUUAUCCUUGGAUGCGGAGUCAGUUCGAAAGAAAAAGAGGCCGACAAACGUACACCCGGUAUCAAACUUUAGAGCUGGAAAAGGAGUUUCACUUCAACAGAUAUCUCACGAGGCGGCGACGUAUCGAGAUAGCGCACGCACUUUGUCUUACGGAACGGCAGAUAAAAAUCUGGUUCCAGAAUAGGCGGAUGAAAUGGAAGAAGGAAAAUAAGUCGAAGGGUGAUCCAGGAUCGGGAGAUGGCGACACCGAAAUUUCUCCGCAAACGUCGCCGCAGGGUUGAAAUAAUCACCCGGAGGAGUGGAACUUCCAAAGAGGUCUCAUCUCUCUCAGGGUCGUUAAUACCUUAUUUCCAGCACUACCUCCUUCCCCAAACCCCCUUUUGAUGACCUCCCCCUCCCCUCCACCCCCAAACAAGCCCUCUAUACACCGAAACAUUCCCCCCCAAAACCCUACGCCCCUACCGUCUAAUCAUCCCCAACCAACAAUGACGCUUCUUUUGUCGUGUUAAUCAAGUUAAUCAAGUACCAAAAAAGGACGACGUAGUAGAAAUAGAAAUGAAUAAGACGCGAUGAAGAACGUUCUCGUAGUAUAGAAAAGAAGAGUGAACGAUGACAAGGGAUCUGUGGUGAGAGAGACAAGAAGAGUACGAUGGUGAGGACAAGGACGACAAGAUUGAAGAAAGAGAACGUAAGAUAGCUGAAGGUGAAAGAUAGAGAAAAAAAGGUAAAAGAAAAUGAGACACGAAAGAGAAAGAGAGAGAGUGAGAGUCGGAAGAGAAUUUAUGGGAACGAACGAUGUUAAGGAUGUUACGGAAUGAAGACGAAAAAUAUAAGGAACUGGAUCACAUGCUAAUCAGAACCACGUUAACCUCUAUUACAUUUAAACGAACAUAAUUGUAUUAAAGCCUAUAUAAGUAUACGUCGUCGAAGGAAAUAUACGUGUUUUAAUACGUUGAUUGCCACGCGAUUAUUGUAUGUCUUAUUCCGAGG